AUGACGAAGGGAAGAAAAGCAACUGGUGAUGGAAGAAAGGAAAUGGGGAAGGGGGAGGCAGAUGCAGAGAACAAAUGCAAGGACGUGGGAGGAGAGGAAAAACGAAAUAAUCAAAACCCACGAAGAACAGAAAAGCGUGGACUUCCGGUUCUAGUGAAGCUUUGCCAGGACUUCUGUGUGCAACCCCAUACACCUUGCAGGUGGACAGAGCCAAAUGCUCAAGAAAUUGAGGACAUCUAUGGUCUGAAUGGUCAAAUAGAACACAAAAUAGCCUUUCUGAGAGCUCACGUGCCAAAGGAUGUGAAGAUUAUACUCAUUGGCCAUUCCAUAGGCAGCUACAUUUCUCUUCAGGUCAUGAAGCAUGCUCCUGAGCUGCCUGCUCAGAAACUUCAUGAACCCAAAUACCCAGUCAUUUCAGGUGCUGCCACCCCUUGGCAAAGAGGGCACCUCUGCUCCAUCACGUCCCCACCCUUCCUCUCGCAGGCCCAGUUCUGUGACGUUAGAGUUCUUCUCCAGCAGUCUCUUAAUUCCCAGGAGAGCCCGUUUAUCUCCUAUUCUGAAGACCUGUGGGUCCACAUCCCAGCUCUCCUGUGGAAUGUGGCCAUUGCUGAAUGCAGCAUGGCCAAGUUAGCCACAUCUGAAACUAAUGCUGCCUACCUCGGAGGCCAAGAAAUGAUACAAGUGCGGAAGAGAGCUGAUGAAAUCAUAAAGGAACAUUUACCUAAGCUGACGUUUUACUAUGGUAGGACAGAUGGCUGGUGUCCAGUAAAGUACUAUGAAGACAUGAAGAAAGAUUUUCCAGAAGGCGACAUCCGACUCUGUGAGAAAGGAAUAUCCCAUGCUUUUGUCCUUGGUUUCAGCCAGGAGGUGGCUGCCAUAGUUGCUGAUUGGAUGAACCAUAAACUGCCCAAAAUAUAAAAACUGGCCCUGGGAAAAUGCACCUACAGCGGAUACAUGGGAGCUGUAGGUGUGUUCUGAUUACUGGUGAAUGUUUAAUCUUAACGCUUAAAAAGGAAAUAUGAGACCCUGUUGCUUACAGACUACCAGCUCCCUGUGCUAAGACUAAUGUGAACACAGUUGAUGACUCAUUCCACAUGUUCCCUGACUCAGGAUCUCCACAGUGAUCUCCACAAAGAUUCCUCUUUUUACAAGAAGCCUGACAGAGCUGUACAGUGCAGUUUACCCAACAGGAUCCUGACAAGCCCAAGACAAUCUAAAUAUAGGUGAUUCCAAGUGAAUCCUUACUUUAGAAUAGAUUGUCCUGGAUGAAAUUAUGAAACACUGACUAGAAAAUGAAAACCCACCCAUGAGUGUGAAGUGUGCAGUCAGGUGUGUAAAAUGUGUAAGACUGAGAAGGGCACCUUUGAUCUUCCAGCUACAGGGAGGAAUGAGCAGGGAUGCUGACAGUGAGCUUGGUUUCCCUUCAGGGACGGGGGAAAUUGAGUCAGACGUUGUACGGGUCUUGGCUGAGGUCAUCAGCAUGUCUUCCUGCUCCUGCUACAGUAAACCAAGAAUCAAGGUUGCCCGACAUUAUCAACUAACUAGACAGAGUUGCUGAAGGAUCCUGACUCUGACCUGCCACGGGAUGGCCAGAUGGCUCCAAUGAGCCCUAAAAUGCCAGGUCCCUGCAGGCUCCUCCUGAGCAAGAAUGGAGGGAUGGACUGUCCACAUCAGGUGUGUAUGGCCGUGGAGUGGCUCAUCGCUGUGAUUCCUCCAGUGAAGCUCCAUGGACAGGAAGCUGUGAACUGAUGCCUUUCAUAAUGCCGUUUGCUACCCUACAAUUCUGCCCUUGUGAAAAAUCUGGAGCAUACUUUUUGGAAAGAUAUUUUAAAUUGUUGAGUAAAACAUUAGCAUAAAUGUAUUUCCCAUUUGCCUAAACUUUAUUGACCAGAAAGAUAUUAUUUUGCUAAUAAACAGAAGUAAUCCAUUAAAUUUUGAAUUACUUCACCUCUGAAAAUGUAUUCUUGACUGAGAAGUAGAGGACCAGCUAGGCUGUCUUCCCUUAAUUGACUCAAUCCUAAGAUCCCAGAGUCCAGAAAACCCCACUGUCUGUAGUGACAGCUGAUGCCCAAUUGGAAACAUUCCAUUUUCUUCUAGAGAAGAGCUCCCAUAGCUCUAUCAUUCCUCAGGGGCAGUGAGAUGGUCCUUCCUCUCACAAACCUAAGAUGCUGAUGGAAGAUUUGGUUGUUAUGUGCCGCCCGCCCGCUCAGUGGUGAGUGAAGAAAGUUCUAGUCCUUUGUAUGGCUUCUGCAUCUGAGCUCUAACUUCUCAGAAGGGGAAAAGCCAAACUCCAGACAAGGAGGGCUUUUAGACCAUGGAGAAGACCGUUAGCUACACAGUAAGGGUUGGUGCUACACACAAGUCCUCACUGGCAUCUGCACACUGAGGCCUUCUGGAGAGCUGACUGGGAAGCCAGGAUUCAUGCUCUGAGUACCUUGGUUAGAGGACAGGUCCAAUCCGUGGUGGAAAAUCAGUGAACAGAAACAAGUGCUGUUAAAUCAGACCUACUGGAACAAAACCACAUUCAUUGAUUGCUUCCAGAAAUUACUACUGUGUCUUCCAAACUCUACUUAAAAGACCCUGGUGCCUCAUUCCUGUUCCCCAUCUAAUCACCUAAUAAUAAAUAAAUAUUUAUUUAUAUUUAAUAUAUAAAAUAUAAUAAAUAUAUGUUUAUAUUUAUAUAAUAUAAAACAUUAUAAU